AUGGACCCGGGCGUGCUCACGGGACGGUUCUCGGAGCUGAGUGCGCUCGCGCUCCCGGUUCGAGCUCACGUGAAGGAGCAGGACCACAGCGGACAGACGCUCUACGAAGUCUACACCGAGUGGACUCAGACUGAGCUGGUCCGAGGCUCCAGACUCGCCUUCUGUCAGAGGUGGUCUUUGAUCAUAGAAGAGAAGCACAGAAUCCAGUGCCUCCACCCCCCAGGACCUGCUGUUCCUCUGGCCACAGAAUGUCUCAGCUCAUUCUCUCCAAUUCAGGGCCUUAGAGCCGUAAUCAAAGAAAUGAGUGGACACUUCCUUCUCGAGGUAACAGAAUUAUAA